AUGGCCCCUGACAGAGGCGCAAAUGUUUGGUGGCACCGUGUGCUGCAGGAGUUUCUCAUCGCAGCUCCUAUGGCCAUCGGAGGGUUUUAUCUAGUUCAAUAUGUAUUGAAGCAGAUGAAUCUUGAUCCCGAAGCGGAAGUUAAGGAGAAAACACGGCUGCAAUCAGAGGCUAUCUUGCGAAGGCUCGAUGGGCCGAAGGGCUCGCAAUCCGGUGCCGACGCUCGUCGUCCAAAGUCUUUACGAGAGCAGUUAGAUCUAUCGCGGUAUGAGCAGGCUAUAUUACAAGAUCUUGUAUUCCCCGAGGACAUCCCAGUAUCUUUCGAGGACAUUGGAGGCAUGUCCGACAUCAUCGAGGAGUUGAAAGAAUCGGUUAUAUAUCCCUUGACCAUGCCGGAUCUCUACGCAACGUCGUCAUCGUUACUAUCUGCCCCCUCUGGAGUGCUAUUGUAUGGACAACCUGGAUGCGGGAAAACUAUGCUGGCAAAGGCACUGGCUCACGAGAGCGGCGCGUGCUUUAUCAAUCUGCAUAUCUCCACCUUGACCGAAAAAUGGUUCGGCGAUUCCAACAAACUUGUCAAUGCCGUCUUUUCUCUCGCUCGCAAGUUGGAACCAGCAAUUGUUUUCAUUGACGAGAUCGACGCCGUCUUGGGAACUCGGCACAGUGGCGAACACGAAGCCAGCGGCAUGGUCAAGGCAGAGUUCAUGACACAUUGGGACGGGCUGAGUUCCGCCAGUUCGUCUGGACGACCUCAGCGCAUACUGGUUCUGGGUGCCACGAACAGGAUGGGCGACAUCGACGAUGCGAUUCUGAGAAGAAUGCCAAAAAAGUUCCCGAUUUCACUCCCAAAUACUUCUCAGCGGUUGAAAAUACUCAAGAUUGUCUUGCGAGAUACCAAGACAGACAGUGCGAAUCUCGAUCUGGAAUAUCUAUCAAGAGUGAUGGCCGGCAUGUCUGGAAGUGACAUCAAAGAAGCAUGCCGGGAGGCCGCGAUGGUGCCCGUCCGUGAGAUGAUAAAACGCCAGAGGCAAAAUGGCACUCGGAUUGAGAACAUGAAGGCUGGAGAAAUCCGGGGCCUGCGAACGUCCGAUUUCUUCUCGCGGACUGCUACGAUUAAAUCGUCUAAGAAGAUAACGAACGGCAAUAGGGAUGGAGAUUGGGGCACAGCAUCGUCAUCUCCGCACCCCGAUUCAGAUAUGGAAGAAGCAGUGGAAGAAGCUGAGCGAUAG